CCGCAUGGGGGGGGGGUUACCUUCCAUCAUUUUCCUUCAGCGCUUCGAAAUUUGACGUCAUUAAGAUUCAAUAUCACGAAAAUCAACACAAAUAAUUUGAAUUGGUUGAACAGUACUUUUGAAUAAUGCAAUGCCGCUUACAAAAGUGAAAGUUUUAACUUUGGAAUGUAGUUUAGUUAGAUAUAACGUAUUACUACAGCGUCAAGGAAAAAAAGUUUAAUGUGGUUGUCAAUUUGUCGGCGCUGCAGGUCGUCUGUCAGAAUUUUACGUCGUUUUCCCUUUCGCCGCUCGAUGUAAGCAGGUGUAUUUUAACGGGUUGAUUUAAGGUCGAUACAGUGAUAUGUAUUUCGAGGGUAGGCAUUUCCUUAUGACAUGUAUAUACAAGAAGGAAAAUGCAAAUAUUUGUGAAUUUUCGUCAUAUUAACCUCCCAAGUUAUACGCACAGAGUACGGUUUAAUGUUGAUCCAGUAAAGGCUAAGUGUUAAUUCGCUUAUUAACCACGUGAGGGGUUGGUGAUGAUGCAAAAUAACUCAAAAACAAGAGAAAUGUUUAUCGUCAGAGCUUUGGAAAAAAUCUUAGCUGACAAAGACGUCAAACGUUCCCAUCUAUCUCAGCUAAAGAGAUCCUGCGAGUCGGCACUUGAGGAUCUGCGCAAUGAGAUCAAAGAUGUGCCCGUUGCACAAGGCGAAGAAACAACUUCAAACGCUCUCCCGCAGCCAAAAAGCGAUUCCAAUGUUAUCUCAGCAGAGAAGUAUUUUUUGCCCUUUGAAUUGGCUUGCCAAAGUAAAUCUCCAAGAAUUGUUGUCACCGCGUUGGACUGUCUUCAGAAAUUAAUUGCAUAUGGUCAUUUAACUGGAAAUGUACCAGAUUCUACAGAACCAAAUAAGUUGUUGAUCGUUCGUAUAGUCGAGACAAUAUGUAGCUGUUUUAUGGGUCCUCAAACUGAUGAAGGCGUACAACUACAAAUUAUCAAGGCUCUUUUGACUGUCAUGACCAGCCAACAUGUUGAAGUACACGAAGGAACUGUUCUUCUUACCAUACGUACUGUUUAUAAUGUUUACUUGGCAUCGAGAAAUUUAGUUAAUCAAACAACAGCCCGAGCCACCCUGACACAGAUGAUAAAUGUAAUAUUCGCUCGUAUGGAAACUCAGGCGGAAGAAGAGAACGUUAGAACAGAGUCAGAACAACAACAAGAUACUUCUACUUCAAAUGGCGACACAGAAACAGAAAUUGUAAAUAAUGAUGAAGCUCUAACUGAAAAUGUCUGCGAAUCGCAUGUUAUAGUUAAGAGCAUCUUAGACGAUGUUAUUAAUUCAGUCGUACCAGAAGAUGCCGCGAAUGUGGCAACUUCUGAAGAAGCCAGUUUAGAUCAAGUGCCUGCUGAAGAUAAUACGGAUGAAGCAGUUGCGGAGAGUGACAAUAUGGUUACAGCUAAAUUUACUCAUGUGUUACAGAAGGAUGCAUUUUUAGUGUUCAGGGCACUCUGCAAACUGUCGAUGAAACCUCUCCCAGAUGGUACCCCAGAUCCAAAGUCGCAUGAAUUAAGAUCGAAAAUUCUAUCAUUACAGUUGCUUUUAGGAAUAUUACAAAAUGCUGGUCCAGUACUUCGUUCGAAUGAGAUGUUUGUAAUUGCUAUAAAACAAUAUCUGUGCGUCGCCUUGUCUAAAAAUGGGGUUUCUUCUGUUCCUGAAGUAUUCGAACUAUCAUUAGCUUUGUUUUUGGCACUCUUAGCUCGCUUUAAAGUGCACUUAAAGAUGCAAAUAGAAGUGUUUUUCAAGGAAAUAUUUAUGAACAUUCUUGAAACGUCUAGCAGUUCCUUUGAACAUAAAUGGAUGGUUAUCCAUGCUUUGACUCGUAUCUGUGCGGAUGCGCAAAGUGUCGUUGAUAUAUACGUAAACUAUGAUUGUGAUCUUUCUGCAGCUAAUUUAUUUGAAAGAUUGGUAAACGAUUUGUCCAAAAUUGCGCAAGGACGUCAAGCUUUAGAGUUAGGUGCAUCUCCGAAUCAAGAAAAGUCGAUGCGUAUUCGUGGUCUCGAAUGUUUGGUCUCAAUUUUGAAAUGUAUGGUCGAAUGGAGCAGAGAUUUAUAUGUAAAUCCAAGCGUACCUGCGGAUCAACAAUUGCCUAGUGAACCUCCCGAUCCUCCCCUCGAACCACCUCUCCCUCGUUAUGGAAGUGCCGGUAGUUUAUCCUCUGCAAACUCUAGUCUCGUAGGAAAUAAGGAAAUACCAGAUUCACCGGAACAAUAUGAAGUACAGAAACAACAAAAGGAAGUCUGGGAAGCUGGUAUUGAUAUUUUUAAUCGGAAACCAAGUAAAGGAGUGCAAUAUUUACAAGAACAUGGUCUUCUUGGUACAUCCCCUGAAGAUGUUGCAAGAUGGCUUCAUAUAGAUGAGCGAUUGGAUAAAACAGCGAUUGGUGAUUUUCUGGGUGAUCAUAAUCAUAAUCAAGUAAUGUAUAAUUAUAUAGAUCAAAUGAAUUUUGCGGAUCGCGACUUGGUCACAGCUCUCAGGUAUUUCCUAGAGGGUUUUAGACUACCUGGCGAAGCACAAAAGAUCGAUCGUUUGAUGGAAAAGUUCGCCAGUAGAUAUUGCGAAUGUAAUCCAAACAACGGAUUGUUUACAAGCGCAGAUACCGCAUAUAUAUUAGGCUUUUCUAUAAUUAUGCUUACGACUGAUCUCCAUUCUCCGCAAGUCAAAAAUAAAAUGACGAAAGAGCAGUAUAUCAAAUUAAAUCGUCGCAUUAGUGAUAACGAAGAUCUGCCAGAAGAAUAUUUAUCAAAAAUUUAUGAUGAAAUAGCUGGUAACGAAAUCAAAAUGAAAUCAAAUCCUAAUCGUCCAGGGAAACAAGUAAUUUCAAGUGAAAAAAAACGUAGACUCCUAUGGAAUAUGGAAAUGGAAGUAAUUUCAACUGCGGCAAAAAAUUUAAUGGAAUCUGUUAGUCAUGUUCAAGCACCAUUUACAACAGCUAAACAUUUAGAACACGUACGUCCUAUGUUUAAAAUGGCCUGGACACCCUUCUUAGCAGCUUUUAGCGUUGGAUUACAAGAUUGUGAUGAUCCUGAAAUAGCAUCCUUAUGUUUGGAUGGCAUUAGAUGUGCCAUUCGUAUAGCUUGUAUUUUCCACAUGACAUUGGAACGUGACGCCUACGUUCAAGCUUUGGCUAGAUUUACGCUUUUAACGGCCAAUUCACCGAUUACGGAAAUGAAAGCAAAGAACAUCGACACGAUAAAGACAUUGAUCACCGUUGCUCACACCGAUGGAAAUUAUCUUGGUAGUUCGUGGUUAGAUGUUGUCAAAUGUAUCUCACAAUUAGAAUUAGCUCAACUUAUUGGAACAGGAGUAAGACCGCAACUUUUGGGACCUCCAUCGAAGCCUCAUUUUCCAUCUCCUCUGUUUACUAAUUUGGCACACAAUAACUCGUAUCAAAAUAACGGCCUUAAUUUAAGUUCUUUAGAUCCAAGCGUGAAGGAAUCCAUAGGUGAAACAAGUUCUCAAAGUGUAGUUGUGGCUGUCGACAGAAUAUUCACUGGUUCUACUAGACUGGACGGAGAUGCCAUAGUUGCAUUUGUAAAAGCACUUUGUCAAGUAUCUUUAGAAGAAUUAUCACAUCCUACACAACCCCGAAUGUUCUCGUUGACGAAAAUAGUUGAAAUUUCUUAUUAUAACAUGGGUCGUAUAAGACUUCAAUGGUCAAGAAUAUGGCAAGUUCUUGGCGACCACUUUGACAGAGUUGGUUGCAGUCCUCGACAAGAAAUAGCAUUUUUUGCGGUGGAUUCUCUCAGGCAGUUGGCUACGAAGUUUAUAGAGAAAGGCGAAUUUGCUAAUUUUAGAUUCCAAAAGGAUUUUCUUAGGCCAUUCGAACAUAUUAUGAAGAAGAAUAGAUCUCCAAUUAUCAGAGAUAUGGUCGUUCGAUGCGUAGCACAAAUCGUUCAUUCUCAAGCUCCAAAUAUUAGAUCUGGAUGGAAAAAUAUAUUUAGCGUUUUUCAUCACGCAGCAAGUGAUCGUGAUGAGUCUGUAGUCGAAUUAGCCUUCUCCAUGACAGGGAAGAUAAUAAAUGAGCUCUACGCCGAAGAUUUUAGUAUUAUGGUUGACUCCUUCCAAGAUGCCGUAAAGUGCCUAAGUGAAUUUGCGUGCAAUGCUUCGUUUCCAGAUACUAGCAUGGAAGCAAUUAGACUCAUGAGAUCUUGCGCAUCUUAUAUCGUUGCUAAUCCUAAUCUAUUUGCCGAGGGUAUGAUGGAUGAUAGUGGAAUAGUUUCAGAAGAAGACAGAGCAUGGGUGAGAGGAUGGUUCCCGUUACUUUUCGAACUAUCAUGUGUUGUAAGUAGAUGUAAAUUGGAUGUGAGAACACGGGCAUUAACUGUUUUAUUUGAUGUUGUCAAAACUCAUGGAGCAUCAUUUAAACCACACUGGUGGAAAGAUCUAUUUCAAGUGCUCUUUCGGAUAUUCGAUAAUAUGAAACUUCCAGAACAGCAUACAGAGAAGGCUGAAUGGAUGACAACGACAUGUAAUCACGCUCUUUAUGCUAUUGUUGAUGUAUUCUCUCAAUUUUAUGACACGCUAGGUCCACUUUUAUUGGGUCAAUUGUAUUCUCAAUUACUAUGGUGCGUUCAACAGGAUAACGAACAGCUCGCUAGGUCAGGUACUAAUUGUUUAGAAAAUUUAGUUAUUAGUAAUGGAAUUAAAUUUGACGAGGAGACAUGGGAUAAUACGUGUCGUUGCAUACUCGAUAUAUUUGAAAGUACAUUACCAACAGCUUUAAUUACUUGGAAACCACCAUCACCGAAUAACGAAAAUGCAAAGUACAAGUUAUUUUCAGCUUUAUUAAUUAAAUGUGUGGUACAAUUGGAAUUGAUUCAAACUAUAGAUAACGUAGUAUUUUAUCCAGCAACAUCGAGAAAAGAAGAUCAAGAGAAUCUUGCUUUAGCGCAAGCCGACAUGCUCAAUGGAAAACCUUCUGAAUUAGGAGUUCAAGGUGGAGGAGAUCAACAGAAGGAAGAGCAAGGAAUGUAUUGUUCGUUAACGACUAAACAUCUUUUACAAUUGGUUGGAUGUUUAUUAAAGUCACAUCGUUUUGCUAAAACUUUCAAUUCCAAUGACGAGCAACGCCAACUUUGGAAAUCUGGUUUUUAUUGCAGUAUGAAAUCCGAAACUGGUCUAUUGAAUCAAGAAAUACAAUCUCUGGCGUGUGCUCUUCGUAUUCUUUUUAAAAUGUAUAGCGACGAGGCUCAUAGAAACGAUUGGGCUACAGUAGAAACGCUUCUAGUCGAAGUAGCUUGUGAGGCAUUAGAAUAUUUCCUUGCUCUUUCUAACGAGAUGCACAUUGAUGCGUGGACACCUAUACUUCUUUUACUUUUAACAAGGAUUCUUAAAAUGAGUGAUAGUCGAUUUGCCGUACACGCAUCUAGUUGUUAUCCUCUGCUUUGCGAAGUCAUGUGUUUUGAUCUUAAACCAGAAUUGCGUUCGGUUCUUCGUAGGUUUUUCUUAAGGAUCGGACCGGUAUUUAGAAUUACGCAACAGUAGCAUUGUAAUGUAAUUUAUUUCUUGUAAAUCGUACUCACUCUCUCUCUUUUUUUUCUUUCAUGAUGUACUUUAUAUAUA